UUAUCUACUUGAGGGAACAUACAGGGGUUUGCUAUUGGAAAUGGGCUCACAGAUCCAGGAAUUCAGUAUGGUGCUUAUGCUGAUUAUGCACUUGACAUGGGAAUAAUUACGCAGUCGGAUCAUGAUCAUAUCAAUAAAGUGCUUCCACUGUGUGAAUCAGCAAUAAAGCUUUGUGGCACUGAUGGGACAGUCUCUUGCAUGGCUGCCUAUUUUGUUUGCAAUACCAUAUUCAGUUCUAUCAUUGCUCGUGUUGGCGAUUUGAAUUAUUAUGACAUUAGAAAGAAGUGUGAAGGCAGCCUCUGCUAUGACUUUUCAAACUUGGAGAAAUUCCUCAACCAGAAGUCUGUCAGGAAUACACUUGGAGUGGGGGAUAUAGAGUUUGUGUCCUGUAGCACUACUGUGUACCAGGCCAUGCUUACGGAUUGGAUGAGAAAUCUUGAAGUUGGUAUCCCCUCUCUUCUCGAGAACGGUAUAAAGUUGCUCGUGUAUGCCGGAGAAUAUGAUCUUAUCUGUAACUGGCUUGGUAACUCGAGAUGGGUUCAUGCAAUGGAAUGGAGUGGCAGGAAAGAGUUCAUAGCAUCUUCUGAAACUCCUUUUGAAGUUGAUGGUUCUAAAGCAGGAUUGUUGAAAAAUCAUGGGCCUCUCAGUUUCUUAAAGGUACAUGAUGCUGGACACAUGGUUCCCAUGGAUCAGCCUAAAGCUUCAUUAGAGAUGCUGAAGAGGUGGAUACAGGGCUCGCUUUCUGAACGCACAAUCGACUCGGUAAAGUUAGUUUCUUCAAUGUGAUCAUCGACUUUGGUUUUUAUCGCCUUGAAAGCUAUUUGUAAAUACAUAACCACUCUGAUCUUAUAUCACUGUUAUUUAAGAUACGUUUUAUGAAUAUGCUAUGGCAUCUUGAUAGAUUAAAUUUGGCAAAUGUUGGAAAUUAUUGGGAUGUAUCACACAUAUGACGCUUAUCUGCAUAUUUGAAUUCAAUGAAGGAAUUUUCCUUUCGUAA